CACACACACACACACACACACACACACACACACACACACACACACACACACACACACACACACACACACACACACACACAGUAUACACACUUCACCGUGACCAUCAGGUUCUCGGAGGUUUCUUCAAGCAAUGGAGCUCAGUGUUUACUGAAUUUUCACUCGUGAGCGUUCACUUGACAGACCAGGGUUGCGAGGACGUAAAUGAAUAUUCCACAACGAAGGAUUAAACUCGCUCUCACAAUGACAUUCUGAAACCCGAUCAAAAUGGCGAAGCCCUUCUACAGACUUCAGCGCUUUUUGCGACGGACUCAGUUGCUUUUCCUCUUCCUGGGCGUGGCUUACCUCAUGGCAGGAAGCGUCCUCUUGCUGCAGAGAUCAGGACUGGUGGUUUCUCAGCGCGACAGCUCGUUUCCUCCACCCUCGCUGCCUUCACCUCCACGAGCACUCGAGGCUCCAGCUCUCAGGACUGGGCAUGGCGUGAUGGGGUCACGCUUGGGAAGUAAAGCGUACCAGGUUGGUCAGUCGGACGAUGGGAGCGAAGCACAAUGGCUCCUGACACGCAACCAGGAGAUCCGGCAUCUUCGGCGACGUUGGUUCCAUAGUUUAAUGUCUGAGCAGGACACAAAAAGGAUUGAGAGGGUUACUCCUAAGAGGAAAGUCAGGCACAAAGGAAGCUACGUUGGAUGUUUUAUGGACGAUGCUAAGGAUCGAACCUUAAAGGGUAUGGUGUUCUACGAUUUCCGCAAAAUGACCAGCACUUUAUGUCAAGACACCUGCACCGAAAGUGGCUACCAGUACGCUGGCCUGGAGUACGGGUCCGAGUGCUACUGUGGCAACCGGAUCGCCGGCGCUCGUAUGAAGGAGGAAGAUUGUAAUCUGGACUGUAAAGGAGAAAAAGGGUUUAUCUGUGGCGGCGUGGCUCGUCUGUCUGUCUACAAAGUGGAGGAGGUUCUUCCCAGCCAGAGGAGAUACAGGAACGUACGCUAUCGUGGCUGCUUCAGAAGGCCGGACAACACAACCGCGGCGUCUCUGGUCCGCAUGGUUCAGCCGAACCGUACGUCCCAGACGUGUGUCGAGGCCUGCAUGGACAAGGAGUUCCCCUUAGCCAUGCUGAGCGUUCCGGGGUGUUUCUGUGGCUACGUUACCCCAUCGUUCUCCCUUCACGAUCCAAUCAAUGAAGAGCACUGUGCUCAGAUCAACAGCAGCCUGAUGACCAGCACAUCACAGCCCUACUUCCUGCAGGUUUAUCAGACCCCUGUGCAGGACUCCAGAUGCACAGAGCGAAGGUUCCUACCGGAAAAAUCUAGCCACUUGGUGGCCCUGUCCAGUUUCCCCGGAGCGGGAAAUACCUGGGUGCGACAUCUGAUUGAGCUCGCGACUGGAUACUACACAGGAAGCUACUACUUUGAUGGCACACUUUAUAACAGAGGCUUCAAGGGCGAGAAGGAUUACUGGAAAAGUGGACGCACCAUCUGCGUGAAGACGCACGAGAGCGGCAAGCGGGACAUCGAGAUGUACGACUCGGCCGUCUUGCUGAUCAGAAACCCGUACCGCUCUCUCACGGCCGAGUUCAACCGCAAAUGUGCCGGACAUCUCGGCUACGCUUCGGACCAGCACUGGAAGAGCAAAGAAUGGCCCGAGUUUGUCGGCAGUUACGCCUCCUGGUGGGCGUCUCACGUCCUAGACUGGCUUCGGUUUGGCCGAAAGCUCCUGGUGCUUCAUUAUGAAGAGCUGCAGGGAUCUUUGGUGCCCAAGCUCCGCUCAGUUAUCUCCUUCCUCAAUGUCAGCACCAGUGAGGAACGCCUCCUGUGCGCCGAAACCAACAAGGACGGCCAUUUCAAGCGCUCCGGAGCUCACCGGCCCACCUUUGACCCCUUCACCCCGGACAUGAGAAAGCUGAUUGACAGUUAUAUCAAGGUGGUGGAUCAGGCGCUCAGACAGAACAACCACACCGGCCUGCCUCAGGAGUACAUCCCGAGAUGAUAAGGGUUAUUUCAUCAGUGCCGUUAAGUUUUCCCUUCAACUAAGGGAAGUGAAGGGCUUUAUUCAGGAGAAAUAUCGGUUCUGGUUUUGGAGCUCGGUCCGGAUUUUAUUUAUUUUUUUUCCAGUUUAACUCAGCACUCAGCAGAACUCAGUCACGCUUCAGGUUGCCGUGCAGAUUCAUUAAAGAUUCAGUCUCAUCAGAUUCCGACUAACAUCCAUAGGAAGAGCGUUGAGUGUUAGUCCAGGAGGAAGCGGAUGUCGAUAACAUGUAUAGCAUUUUCUACAGGUUUCAUUUAAUACAUUUUGCUUAGUCUCCGAAAUGUUUUCAGUGUAAUUAUAUGUCAUUUUUUCAAUAAAAUAGUGAUUAAAAAGUGA